AUGACAGUCAAUCCUCCCAUCUCAUCAGUCAAAAUCGGAGGCAACAAUGUCUCCGAGAAGUCAAUUCCACCCUUGAAGUGCUUCGCCUUCCAGAACACCACCGAGCAGGCAUGGUGGGAUAAGACGGGACCGUUGUUGGCUAAGAUCCUUCAGUCCGCUCAGUACAGUGUUCAAGACCACAGCAUGGCCCCCCCAACAGCUCGAAUUGGUUGGGAGCCCGUGAGCCAGAAGUCGGGCUCCCCAGCAGACCCGAUCAAUCAUGACACCAUCAGCCGGGCAAUCGACACAAUGACCCAAUUGAACCUCAAGGGCUUCGACACCAAGUUCCUCCAUCAUAUGAUUGGAUCUCUUACUGCUACCCCUGCAGAAGCUGCUGAGGUUGAUCGCGAUCAAUUGUACCUUCUCAGAAUGAAAAACCAAGUUUCCUUUGGGCUCGAUCUUAAAGGUGGAGAGGUCUCUGUGAAGUGCUACUUGUAUCCGGCAUUGAAGUCGUACUUGACUGGCAACUCUUACAGAAAAUUGCUGGACGGUGCGAUACAGUCCCUCGGCGAUGAGGUCUCUUAUCCCGCUCUAGAUACCAUCCACGAAUAUCUGGAGGGUGCAGGGAUGUACAACCAAUAUUCCUUCCUGGGUAUAGAUUGCACCGGUGUUUCUAAGUCUCGGCUCAAGAUUUAUAACACAAUUCAAGACGUGACAUGGUCUAAGCUACAAGACAUCUGGACCCUAGGCGGUCGAUUUGGAUCUCAUGCCACUACUCAGCGAGGGUUGCAGUUCAUCCAGCAAUUCUGGCAGCUUCUCACUUCGGAUCAGGACAAAAUGGCCGUCGGCAUCUGGAGUUACGAAUUGGCGCCCGGGAGUACUGACUUCCCCAACCCAAAGUACUACUUCAUUAUGCACGGCAUGAAUGAUAUGGAAAAUGCUCAGGCCAUUGUCAAAUUUUACGAUUCCAUUGGAUGGCAUGACUUGGCUGCAAGUUACAUUGACUCGGUCAAAGGAUAUUUCCCGAACUUUGAAUCUGGGGAGACGUCGAACUUGAUUCAAUAUGUUUCAAUGGCCUAUUCAGAGAAGACAGGCGUGUACCUGAGUGUUUAUUACCACAGUUCCCUGUAG